ACUCGCGAUACGAGAUAAACUAAACGAGGCCGCGAUAAAAAACAAAAGCCAACAGUAGCGCUUGAGCCCGGCUGCCAGGUACCAUGGACGAAUUGACCGUGUCCUGGCUUGUCAUCGGUUUCGUCCUGGUUGUAUUCGCCUUCACGAUUAUGAUGUUGAUGCGGUGCUAUCAUUGGCUCCCAGAAGAAUACAUCUACAUGUCAACCUCCGAAAAGUGCCAAUUCUUGACGCAGCAGAUGCGGCAGUGCUGCUCAGGCUCGCGGCGACGAGAGGCAGACAGCGAGUACUUUGACGAUGGCAGUGUCAGCACCGUGUCCUCGGUUAGGUCGAGCGAGCGCGUGUCCGCCGCGCCCCCGCGGUACGACGAGGUCGUGGACGAAGAGUCACCACCGCCGCCAUACACGCCGCCCUUCAUAAUCAGCCCGCCGAGCUACAGUGAAGUAGCCGCGGCCGCCGGACGACCGACUUAACACGCCACGAAAACAGCAAUAAAAUUCAGUUAUCUACAGGAUUAUACGGCCGGGCUAAUAAUCCCAACCAGGCAUUAAAUUGGCAACAAUAAACGAGAUAGCGCCCACUUUCAAAAGGGCCUUGUUUUUCCUGUCAGAGACUGAUCCGAAGAGGCGAAUGAAGCACAAUGAGCAGCGCAGAAGUAUUUACAACCGUGUCGAUAGUGGUUGUGGCGGCGCUCCUCGUCUUCCUCUUCCUACUGACGAUGUUCCUUCUAUGCAGAUUGCGCAUUCCGGCGCCGCCGUCGGCGCAAACUCGCGUCCCAAACAGCAUGAUCUCAGCAAUGGCGGUCGCGCUGGUGGAGCGGACGCGCCGGUCCAUCCGCAGACAAGCGCCGCCAACCUACACCGAGGCCAUGACCCCUACCGAGCAAAUUCCUCAGGACCCCCCGCCGUACAGCGAGGCCAUCAAGCAGGUGGCGUCGACGUCGGAGCCGCCGCCCUACUUUCUGUCAACGCCGGAGAAUCACAUUUGAAUCGUUUUAUAUGUGGCAAGCCGCGCAAUUGUUGGCUUUUCAGAUAAAAAUGCGAGCUUCAUGAUGACUCGUACCCAGUGAUAAGACGAGCUGUGUGUUUAUUUUUGACGAGAUGACUCUAAUAAAGAUAUAUAAUAGUGCCUGGCCGUGGAAGACGGUGAUCCGUUGUUGAAUUCGUGACGAAAGACAAUGCGCAAUUCUAAUUGUGAGAGUGAGGACUAACAAACAAUAAAAAAUUUAAAGACCCAAUA